UUAGCGUAAGUAUCAAAUGAGAAACUUACAUAGUGAAUGAACAUGAAAAUUUCCUUUUUUUUCUUUUUUCUUUUUUAAGGAUUCAAAUAUCUAUUCAAGUAUUCAUCAAAUUUGUAAUCGUCUUGAAUCUGGUGCAAUUGGUUCAAUAUCAAGUAUUGAUAAUCCUAAAACACAUUUAUUGGAAUUAUUUAUGACACGUUUACAUAUUUCAAUGAUAUCUUUAAAUUAUUUAAAUUAUAAUAAACAAGAUUUAACUUUAUUAAAUAAAAUUUAUCAUUUAACAAUGAAAAUAGAUCUUUUACCAGCUCUAGUAGCAUUUAUAAAACGUUAUAAAAUAACAAAAUUAUUUUAUAUUAUGGAAGGUGAUGAAGCAUUUGAACGUUUUCAAACAUUAAUAGUUGCACAAGCACGAGAAAAAAGUUAUGAUAUUUUAGAUAUUCAAGGUCGUCAAUUAAUUGAUAUUACAAAUGCUAAUUAUACAGAAAAUUUACUUCAAAGUAUUGAAAUUAAAGAUCGAGGUUCAAAAGAAGAACUUUAUAUUGUACUUGAUUUGGAUAAUAUCAAUAGUUAUAUUAAAUUAUUAAUGCAAAUUCGACAUCAUGCAAUGACAACACCUCAUUAUCAUUACAUACUAAUGAGUCUAGACGCCGAUCGAAUUGAUAUGCGUACUUUUCGUUAUGGUGGUGUAAAUGUCACUUAUUUUGUACCAAAAUCACCUUAUACAAUAAAUCAAUCAUUAGAUGGAUCAAUCGCUGAUCGAUUAUCUCUUCCAUCAUUUGAAAAGAAAGCAUUAGCUGAUGCUUUAUCUAUGUAUAUGCGAGCAAUAAUGUUGUUAGAUGAUCGAAUUCGUUCGAAAAUUGUUUAUUCUGAUUCUGAUGAUGAUAAUUUUGAUCAUUUAAAAAUUCAAUGUCGAAUAAAAGAAAAUCGACGACAACAUAAAUUAUUCGGUGAAGAAUUGUUCAAUAUUAUGAAAUCAGUUUCAUUUGAUGGAUAUUCUGGUUAUGUAGCAUUUAAUGAAUAUGGUGAACGUAUUAAUUAUACUUUAAAUAUAUAUCAAGUAACCAUGAAUAGAUUACCAAGAAAUAUUGGCAAUUUUACACGUGAUGAAUUUUCUUUACAUAAUCUUAGUGUAGUUGAAGGUCGUCAAGCACAUGAUUUUGAUAAAGGAAGAGAACGAAUCAUUUCAACAAUUCUUGAUGAACCAUUUGCAAUGUUAAAUGGAAGUGUUGUUGGAAAUUUAACUGUAUCCGAUGCACUUGGUCAAUAUUUUACAUUUAAUGAAUUAAAUGGUUAUUGUGUUGAUUUAGCGCGUUUAAUAUGUGAAAAAAAACUUGAAAUUCCAUGUAAAUUUCGUAUUGUAAAAGAUAAUUCAUUUGGUAAUAAACCAGCUAAUGAUCAACCAUGGACAGGAAUGAUUGGAGAAUUAGUUCGACAUGAAGUUGAUCUUGCUAUUGCACCAUUAACAAUAACAAGUCAACGAGAAAAUGCAGUAGAUUUUAGUAAACCAUGGAUGAAUCUUGGUAUAAGUAUUUUGAUUGGUGAACAAGAAAAACGUAAACCAGGUGUUUUUUCAUUUAUGGAACCAUUAUCAAAAGAAAUUUGGAUGUGUAUUACAUUUGCAUAUAUUGGUGUUAGUGUAAUACUUUUUCUUGUUUCACGUUUUUCACCAUAUGAAUGGAGUAUGAAAAAUGAAGAAACAUUACAAUUAUCAAAUAAAUUUUCUAUUCUAAAUACACUCUUUUUUGCUUUGGCGGCUUUCAUGCAACAAGGUGUAGAUUUUAUACCAAGAUCAAUAUCAGGUCGAUUGGUUGCCAGUGUAUGGUGGUAUUUUUCGAUGAUUCUUGUUGCUUCAUAUACUGCCAAUUGGGCUGCUUUUCUAACAGUUAAACGAAUGGUAACACCAAUUGAAAGUGUCGAAGAUCUUGCAAGACAAACAGAUAUAAAAUAUGGUAUUGUUCGUGGUGGUUCAACACAAAAAUCAGAUGUUAAACUUUUUCAACGUAUGUGGACAUAUAUGCAACAAAGUGAUGAUGUUUUAGUUGCUAGUAAUGAAGAAGGUAUUAGUAAAGUUCGAAAAGCCAAAGGAAAAUAUGCAUUUUUACUUGAAUCAACUAAAAAUGAAUAUAUCAAUGAACGAUUACCUUGUAAUACAAUGAAAAUAGGUUUAAAUUUAGAUUCUAAAGGUUAUGGAAUAGCAACACCAGUUGGUUCAGAACUACGAGAAGCAAUUAAUAUAGCCAUACUUGAAAUGAGUGAAGAUGGUAUAUUAAAUGAUUUGAAAAAAAAAUGGUGGUAUGACCGAUCUGAAUGUCAUAGUGCUACAACAAAGGAAUCGAAACAAAAUAAUGCACUUAGUCUAGCAAAUGUUGCUGGAAUAUUUUAUAUAUUAAUGGGUGGUUUAGCUUUAGCUAUUUUAAUUGCAGUAUUAGAAUUUUUUGUCAAAGCAAAUAAUGAAGCCAAACAAACAAAAAAUAAUUUUGUUGAUGUUAUGAGACGAAAUAUGCGAUUAAGUAUUGCUGGUAUUCAUUUGAACGAAGCAGCAGCAAUAAAAAUUUCCUUACAGUUUCCUAGAAGAGAUAAUUUUCAAAGUUCUGAUGCAUUAUUUGAAGAAAAUGGUUAUGUAAAUGAUAUUAAUCAUAGUCAAGUGUAA